AUGGAAGCUUUCAAUGAUGAUUUAUAUCCAUUGGCAUUAUUAAUGGAUGAAUUGAAACAUGAUGAUGUAUCUAAUCGAGUAGAAGCCAUGCAAAAAUUAGAUACAAUUGCAAUUGCAUUAGGACCAGAACGAACAGUAAAAGAAUUAUUACCAUUUCUUCAUGAUGUAGCUCAAGAUGAUGAAGAAGAAGUAUUUGCUGUGUUGGCAACCAAAUUAGGAGAUUUUAUUCCGUUGAUUGGUGGACAUGAGAAUUGUGAACCAUUAAUUUCUAUUUUGACAAUAUUAGCAUCAAUGGAAGAACCUUUGGUUAGAGAUAAAGCAAUUGAUUCAUUAAAUAAAAUUAGUUUAGAAUUAACUAAUGAUGAAUUAAAUGGCAUCUUUUUAAAUUUAAUUCAAAGUUUAAGUCAAGGUAAUUGGUUUCUGAAAAAAGUUGCUCUGUGUGGUUUAUAUAAAUCAGUAAUUAUAAAAGUUGAUGCCAAUAUAAGAAAAGAUUUAUUAAAAUUAUAUUUAAAAUUGGUGGUUGAUGAUUAUCCAAUGGUUAGAAGAAGUGCUGCUACUUAUUUACCUGAAUUAAUUAAUUUAUUAACUGAAUUUACUGAAUCAUCAACGAUUGAUCAAGUUAAUAAAGUUACUAAUGAAGAUUGGGAAAUCAUUUCAAAAAUGUUUCAACAAUUAAUUAAUGAUGAUCAAGAUUCAGUUAAAUUCUUAAGUAUUGAUGUUUUAAUUGCUAUAUUAGAAUUCUUUCAAAAAAUUCAUGAAUAUAGUUUUAAUUCUGAUUUCUUAUCAAGUGCAUUAAAAUUAAUUAAAGAUGAAAGUUGGAGAGUUAGAUAUACUGCUGCUGAUAGAUUUAGUAAAAUUGCUCGUAAUUUUGUUCAUAAUGAAUCUGAUUUGUAUCAAUUAAUUGAUCCAUUUAUUUCAUUAAUGAAAGAUCAUGAAGGUGAAGUUAGAAAAGCAAUUGCAAAACAAUUACCUGAUUUUGCUAAAUUAUUAAUUAAUUUCCCAAGUACAAAGAUAACAAUUUUAAAUAAAAUUAUUCCUGUGGUUAACGAAUUAAGUCAAGAUCCUCAAGAAAAUGUUAGAGCAUCAUUAGCAUCAACUAUAACUGAACUUUCACCAAUCUUGGAAAAACAAUCAACAAUUGAAAAAUUAUUACCAAUCUUUUUAGUAAUGUUAAAAGAUGAAUUCCCCGAUGUUAGAUUAAAUAUUAUAUCUAAUUUAUCAGUUGUAAAUGAAACUAUUGGUAUUAAUUUAUUAUCAACAAAUUUGUUACCCGCAAUAACUGAAUUAGCUCAAGAUCAUAAAUGGAGAGUUAGAUUAGCUAUAAUUGAAUAUAUUCCAAAAUUAGCUACUCAAUUAGGUCAAUCUUUCUUUAAUGAAGAAUUAUUAUCAUUAUGUAUGUCAUGGUUAUGGGAUCCUGUAUUUGCUAUAAGAGAUGCUGCUGUUAAUAAUUUAAAAGAAUUAACGGUUAUAUUUGGAUCAGAAUGGGCACAAGCACAAAUUAUUAAUCGAUUAUUAAAUCAAGAUGAUAAAAUUGAUGAAGAUGAUAAGAUUGAUUAUUCGAAUUUUAUUAUUAGAAUUACCUGUUUAUUUGCAAUAACUAGAUUAAUACCAGUGAUUGAUUAUAAAUUAUUAGUUGAAAAAGUAUUACCAUUUAUUAAUAGUUUAAUAACUGAUAGUGUUCCAAAUAUUAGAUUUAAUGUGGCAAAAUCUUAUUUAACUUUAGUACAAUCAUUAAUUGAAAAUAAAGAGAAAUUACCAACAAAUGAUGAAGAAUUAAAGAAAUUAAUAAAUUUAGAAAUCUUAUCAAAUUUAGAAAAAUUGGAACAUGAUGAUGAUGUUGAUGUUAGGUUUUAUUCAACAAAGAGUAUUCAACAAAUUAAUGAGAUUUUAGUUUAG